AUGGAUAUCAAGAGUCUACAAACUGCUUCACUCUACAUCAAUAAUCAAUUGCUUUCCCGCGGUCUCAUACGUCAUGAUCAUGAUAUUGAUUUUGCCCACCCAGACGUGGAAAAAGGUGGGCUAGACACCACGAUGGGACGGAUAGUCGGAGUAAUAAAUGAUCUCAUACUUCGCCGCGAUCGAGAUGCGGCUCAGCGCGAAGAUCUGAUAAACGCAAAUAAUACGCUGCGCUCAGAUGCGCAAAGAUUCAACUUAGAAGUUGACCGAUUAAAAGAGGCCAAAAAUGAGCUCGGAAGGAAACUAGCAAUCGCAGAAGCUGAAAAGAAAGCAUAUGAAGACAAGCAAAAGACAAGCGAGACAAGAGAGCGAAGUCUAAAGAUAGAGGUGGAAAAGUUAAGAGGUACUGUCAGUCAAAUACGAGCGAUGUGUGCUGUCGAGUGUCGAAAGAAGGAAAAGAUGGUUGAGGGUUUGAAAAAGUCUCUUGGUGAUGCUAGUCGAAUAAGAGGAGGGAAUAAAACUACUAACUCGCGGGAAAUAAUUGUUACUGCUGGUAUUAAUGAGGCACAGCCUACUAAAUCAACUACAUCAGUUGAAGCAGAAGGUUACCAAUUACACAUGGAAACAAAUGAAUUCCUUACUGAGCUUGCUGGAGGUCUCUCUGAAGAGAACGAAUAUCUAUUGGAUCUGAUACGACGCACUCUAGAUUCAUUGAAGAAACUCAGUGGAUGGAACCAACAAACUGAAAACAUGAUGGUUGUGGCCGAAGUUGAGGAAAAAAAUCUGAAAGAAGAUCUGGAAGCCGUAAUGAUACACAUCCAAAAACUGCUAACUAAUCCUGGCUUUGUACCCCUGGAAGAAGUCGAAAUACGCGAGGAAGAAAUAUUACGCUUACGAGAAGGUUGGGAGUACAUGGAAACGAGAUGGAAGGAAGCUGUUAGUUUGAUGGAUAUCUGGAAAAAGAGAAUGAUGCAUGGGAGUGAGAGAACAGACAUAGAAGAAUUGAAGCCAGAUUGUUGCCUUGACCCCCGCAGGCCACCUAAUAAUGACGCCAUUCCCUUCCACCUCAGUACAGUUCGUGAAGAGAGCGAGGUUGAAGACGAGGAUAAAAGCCAUAAAACUAUUAGAGCCAAUAACAGAAGAAAUCAGGUUCAAAAUUUAGAUAGACAUGGUCGAAUUGAAACCAACCUAUCUUCGGAAAAUUUGACACAAGGUGACAUAGAAGUAAGCGAUGAAGAUGAUGAAAGAUAUCAAGAAGAAGAUGAAGAAGAAGGUGAAGAAGAAGUUCAUGAUGACUAUGGUGACAAUGAAAGAGAAGAAGAGGAUGAUAAUGGUGAUUUUGAUGUUGACUUUGAUGAUGAGGUGCAGUUGUUUGAAGAAGAUCAUGACAAUUCUGACGAAGAACAAUUCCGAUCUUCUGAAGAAGGAAAUAAAAAUCAAGUUCAAGAAGAGGCUGAGAACGAGAGCCGAGAUUAUCGACAAGAGCAAAAAUCACAGGCUUCUUUUCGAAACUCUCCUCAGGCUCAUCCAACAAAUGAGAUGAAGGGAAACUGUACUUCUACUCAACCUCAAAUUAUUACUCAUGUUGAUGGUGGUUUGAACACCUUGAGCGAGAACGAUCGAGACUCACUACUACCAAAACUAUACUCGCCCCUAAAGAACAACACCAGAGUUUCUGUUCUAAAUCUCGCGCAAAAAAAAAGUCCAUCACUUCCAUCACUUCCAGUCAAAAGUAAUAAAGCUAGUAUGUGUCAAAUAGCUAAUCCUGUACCACCGCGCGACAAAAAGUCCACUAGAAACCUUUUAUUUAGCAAGCACUCGCUAUCUACGCUAAAGCAACCUGCAUCUAUUUCAAAACCCCGUGUAACUCCUCAGAAGCACAUAUCAACACCUACCUCCAUAGCUAAGCAUACCAAGCUUAAAGCUCAAAAGAAUCAAGCUUUUACCCCAAUUCCUAAAUUAAACCCCGACAAUAAAAUCAGCCUUCCUCGAAUACGCGGAUUACCGGUUCCACCAUCUCCAGUCACCAUGGCUAGCAUCUCGGCAAAACUGGCCACUAGUAAGCGUGAUGCUGAUGCAGCUCGAGUUCGUGCAAAGCUUAAUGCCACUCGAUCGGCGAAGAACCAUACUAAAGCCACUAAUAAGUAUCAAUCUUUGCAAGCGAGUAAGUUGCGAGAUUAUGAAUCUCCGGAAUCGAAUACUGUAAUAUCAGAUCAUUCUCCACUCUCCGACUACUCCACUACCACUAAAGAUCCCUCUGAGAAAGCCUGGGACCUUUCAGAAAGUAGUUUCUCUUCACAAGAUACCAUGGGAGACGAGUAUCUGGGCGAGGGCUAUAGCCGGAAACGGAAAGCUAAUGAUAUGCUUGCAAAAGAGACUGGAAGAUCAAAUAGACGAAAGAGCACAUUGAGCUCCUAUGAGCUUGAAUCAUUGAUUCGUGGCGAAUAA